CGGAAGACACUGGGGAGGCUGGCGCGGGCGCGGGCGUGGGUGCUGGUAUUUGGACCCCCAGUCUUCUGGGAAGGAGUGUGAAGAUGCUUAAAGAGCGUCCAGGGAUGGCAGAAGAUCCUCAGCAGCAAAUGGGUGUUCCUGUGGUAAAAUUGGAGAAAGAGUUGCCAUGGGGCAGGGGAAGGGAAGACCCUAGUCCUGAAACUUUUCGGCUGAGGUUUCGGCAGUUUCGCUACCAGGAGGCAGCUGGUCCCCAGGAAGCCCUCAGGGAACUCCAAGAGCUCUGUCGCCAGUGGCUACGGCCUGAGCUGCACACCAAGGAGCAAAUACUGGAGCUGCUGGUGCUGGAGCAGUUCCUGACCAUCCUGCCCCGGGAGUUCUAUGCCUGGAUUCGGGAGCAUGGCCCGGAGAGUGGCAAGGCCCUGGUGGCCAUGGUGGAGGAUUUCACAGAGAGAGCACUGGAGGCCAAGGCGGUUCCAUGCCACGUGCAGGGAGAGCAGGAGACAGCAGUUUGCGGAAGCCCUUGGGAACCUGGUAUCCACCUGGGACCAGUGGAGGUCAAGCCUGAGUGGGGGAUGCACCGAGGGGAAGGAGUUCAAGGCCUAGACCAAGGCACUGAGGAACAGCUCAAUCAGGACCCUGGUGCUGGGACAGAGGCCUUCCAGGAGCAGGCUCUGCCAAUUCUUCAGACUGGUCCUGGCUUCCCCCCCGUGAACACCAGAGACCAAGAAAUGGCAGUUGGGUUCCUUACGACUGGGUCCCAGGGGUUGGGACCAUUUAAAGAUAUGGCUCUAGCCUUCCCAGAGGAGGAGUGGAGGCAUGUGACCCCAACCCAGAUAGACUGCUUUGGGGAAUAUGUGGAACCACAAGCCUGUGGAAUCUCACCUCCAGGUAUUAGGAGCAAGGAAAAGGAGGCCAAAAUCCAGCAGGCGGACCUCAAAGGGGCACUUGCUCAGGGCACGUCAGAGAGGUUUGGGGAAGCUGCUCUCCAGAGCCCUGAGCUUGGAGGAACCAGUGAGCAGGAGCCCGGUAACUCUGUGGGAAACAUGCCAGGGCCGCCUCCUCCCCAGCAUGGCAUCCUACCCAUGCCCGAUGACCUUAAGACUCAUAGCUCCUUCUGGAAGCCUUUUCAGUGCCCCGAGUGUGGUAAAGGUUUCAGUCGGAGCUCAAAUCUUGUCAGACACCAGCGAACCCAUGAAGAAGAAAAAUCCUAUGGCUGCGUUGAGUGUGGGAAAGGGUUUACUCUGAGAGAAUACCUCAUGAAGCACCAGAGAACCCACCUGGGAAAGAGACCCUAUGUGUGUAGUGAGUGCUGGAAAACGUUCAGUCAGAGACACCACCUGGAGGUCCACCAGCGGAGUCACACAGGGGAGAAGCCCUAUAAGUGUGGAGACUGCUGGAAAAGCUUCAGCCGGAGACAGCAUCUUCAGGUGCAUCGGAGAACUCACACUGGGGAAAAGCCCUACACCUGUGAGUGCGGCAAGAGCUUUAGCAGGAAUGCUAACCUGGCUGUUCACCGGCGAGCCCACACAGGGGAGAAGCCGUAUGGGUGCCAGGUGUGUGGGAAACGUUUCAGUAAAGGGGAGCGGCUGGUCAGACACGAGAGGAUCCACACUGGGGAGAAGCCGUACCACUGCCCUGCUUGUGGGAGGAGCUUCAACCAGAGGUCCAUUCUCAAUCGGCACCAGAAGACUCAGCAUCGCCAGGCGAUCCCUGUGCAGUAAGGGUGCCCUGUAGAAAUGUAUUACACUUGCUAAUGGAAAGUGCUGGACAAGGUGGGACCUUCCGAGACCAAGUGAAGGGAGACCUCCGCAGAGGAUGUAAUUCAUUUUACUCACUGAAGGACUUAGGAAGGGGUGUUGAGGAGUUAUGGAUUGCAGAAGGACACCUUGACCCAUUUGCUUUCCACUCGUUCAAAAGGAAAAAGGGCAAGGCCUGGUUCAUUUUGAGUUUCCAGAUACUGCAGCCUCUCCCACCUCUUACCUAGGUAGUGCUAACAGUUUUUCUUACCAUCUUUUGGGGGAUAUCCUGAGUUUUAGUUCAUGUUGAGGUUUUUCUCCUUCAGUUGGAUGUUCGUAUCCACCUCCUGAGCAAGUCUCGUAGUCAAGGCAAAAUUUGUCCAAUGUUGGCAGCUUGAACCUAAUUUUUCUGAGGUCUGUAUCUUGCCUGCCAGGACUCUGUCUCCCUCCCUCCUGUUCUCUUUUCGAUGUGAUAAAUAUUUAUUGAACACAUACUAUAUGCCACGCACUGGGAGUAGAGUGGUUAAUGAGACAGAUGAGACCUUGUUCUCCUGGAGUUUGUGAUUUAGCACUGAAAGCACCCACACAAAACAAUUAAUUAUCGUGUUCAUUUGUGGUGAGUGGUGUGUGAGAAGGUAAUUCUUAUGCUCAUUCUGCCCUGUCUGCUUGGGUGCUGGAUCUUUCCUUCCAUAGUUGGGAUCACUCAGGCAGCCUCAUUUAUUUUACUUUAUUUGUAGUCCCUUUUGUAACAUUCUACCUUCAUCUGUAAAGUUUCCCCAUUCCAUUCCUUAUAGCAACU